UGUUCUCACACAUGCGCAGUGCAGCAGUAUUGGCCGUGUUGAUAUGUCUGCUGCUGGGCUUUAAUGAAUUUUUCUGCGGGUUCUGGAGCUUCAGACCACCGACCGUCCGGCACAACCCGCUUCAUGGAGAACCCCAGAGACCUGGUGGAGCGUCCCUCCAGGAAGCGGCGGGACUCCUUCGGGAUGCUGGAUGGCCUGGAUGAGGACCGCAGCAGCUGCAGCACCGAGUCCAGCGGCGGCAGCGGAGCGUCCAGCCCUGAGGACAGCGAGGACGAAGACUUAGGAGGAGUAACGCAACUGACUCCGUCCUCCUCGUCCUCCCUGACGCUCAUCAAGACCAACGGACAGGUGUACACCUAUCCUGACGGCAAGGCCGGCAUGGCCACCUGUGAGAUGUGCGGGAUGGUCGGCGUCAGAGAUGCUUUCUACAGUAAAACCAAACGUUUCUGCAGCGUUUCCUGCUCCAGAAGUUACUCCUCCAACUCCAAGAAGGCCAGUAUCCUCGCCAGGCUGCAGGGGAAGCCUCCCACCAAGAAGGCCAAGGUUCUCCAGAAGCAGCCUCUGAUGACCAAACUGGCCGCCUACGCUCAGCAUCAAGCCAGCCAGCAGGGCGGCGUCAAAAAGAGCGUAUCUGUGGAGGUGUUCGACUGGGGCCGUUAUCUUGGAGGUGGAGACGUGACGGGAGCUCCAGUCAGCUGCUUCAAACAUGUGCCAAUGGGGAAGUCGUGGGGCGACAUCGGGGAAGGAGUCCGAGUUGAGGUUCCAAACACUGACAGUGGUCUGCCGAUGAAAGUUUACUGGAUUGCUGGGAUCAUCAAACUGGCUGGCUUUAAGGCAUUGCUUCGCUACGAGGGCUUCGACAGCGAUUCCACCAGAGACUUCUGGUUGAACCUGUGUGUUCCUGACAUCCAUCCAGUCGGCUGGUGUGCAGCUGGUGGGAAACCUCUGGUCCCCCCUCAGACCAUCCUUCACAGGUUCACCAACUGGAAAACUUUCCUGAUUAAAAGACUGACGGGAUCCAAAACUCUGCCGCCGGACUUUUCCACCAAGGUGCAGGAGAGCAUGCAGUUCCCCUUCAAGAAGCAGAUGAGGGUGGAGGUGGUGGACAAGACUCACCUGUGUCGGACCAGAGUGGCUCUGGUUGAACAGGUGAUCGGCGGUCGCUUGCGGCUCGUAUACGAGGAAUGCGACGACGGAACAGACGACUUCUGGUGUCACAUGUACAGUCCUCUGAUCCACAGCAUCGGCUGGUCUCGAUCCAUCGGACACCGAUUCAAACGCUCCGAUGUGUCAAAGAAGCUGAGCGGUCAGAUGGAUGCACCUGGACAGCUGUUCGCUAAGGUAAAGGAGGUGGACCAGAGCGGCUCCUGGUUUGAAGACGGGAUGAAGCUGGAGGCCAUCGACCCUCUGAACCUGUCAGCCAUCUGCGUGGCCACAGUCAGGAAGGUGCUGGCAGACGGAUACCUGAUGAUCGGCAUCGACGGAUCGGAGGCAGCAGACGGUUCCGACUGGUUCUGCUAUCACUCCACCUCCCCCUCCAUCUUCCCUGCCGGUUUCUGUGAGAUUAAUAACAUCGAGCUGACGCCCCCUAGAGGUUACACCAACCUUCCCUUCAGAUGGUUUGAGUAUCUAAAGGAGACCAAGUCUGUGGCAGCUCCAGUGAACCUCUUCAACAAGAACGUCCCCAAUCACGGCUUCCGUCCGGGCAUGAAGCUGGAGGCUGUUGACCUCAUGGAGCCCCGCCUCGUGUGUGUCGCCACCGUGACCCGCAUCGUCCACCGGUUGCUACGGAUACACUUCGACGGGUGGGAGGACGAGUACGACCAAUGGGUGGACUGCGAGUCACCUGACCUGUACCCAGUGGGCUGGUGUCAGGUGACCGGAUACCAGCUGCAGCCGCCCGCUGUGAACACAGGCUCCAGAGAUCUGCAGUCAGCAGCAAACAAACAGAGGAAGAAAUCUCAGCAGUACAAAGGACAGAAGAAAAAGAGGAAGUUGCCCGUCGCUAAGCGCCCCGUCAGCCUCUCGGGCGCCGUGGUAACCGGUGUUCCCAGGAGCCUAUCAGGAGACGAGAAUGAGACUCCGCCCGACUACCCAUCACCCCCUCCUCCAGCCUCAGCAACCCAACCGACCACCACCGACCAGGACAGCAGCACCGAGGGCGGGGCAGGUUCUCAGGUGAAGGAGGAGAACGUUGGAGGUUCGGAUGCUCAGAGGACGGAAACAGAAGCCAACGGAUCUUCUGCUCAGUUUCAGUAGGAUUCAUCCAUCUUUCUUUGUCUGUCUACUGUGACACAAACAGUUUCACUCUGUCUGUUCAUUUCCUGAGAGCAAAAAACAGAACAACAGCCAAAAAAAAAGAAGCUGAAGAAGCAAAUUUGCUCUUCUUCUGGGAUUAGCAGGAAAAAAACCACAAGAAACUUUUCUGUUCUUCAACGCGAAGAUCUCGACCCGUGUUCGUGUUCGAAGGUCAGAACUGCGAUUAAAGUGAAACUGUGACGUCACGAUGAAUUCAUUUAAAAACACUGUGUGUUUGUGUUCAAGUGUGAAUGAUGACAAAGCAUCAAGAUGCCACGGAGAGAAAAACCAGCAACGGUAGCCUUGGCAGCUCGAUUUUCACUUCAGUUUCAGCUUCAGAGACUUGAGACGUGAGGCUGAAAUUCAAGUUUGAGUUAAUGUCCAAAACGACAAAAAAUACGACAUAAAUUGUCCAAAAUGCAAAAAAUUGGUCCAAAAUGACCCUAAAGUUGACCAAAAUGGUGGAAAAAAUGCAUAGAAUGACAGACAAAUGUCUGAAAUGACAAAAAAAACUUCAAAGAAUGUCUUGAAAGUCAUCCAAGAUGACUUGAGAAUUGUCUAAAAUGGCAACAGUUUGGUCCAGAAAGACACAAAAGUUGUACAACGUGAGUAAAAAAUGGUGCAAGAUGAACAAAAAAAAUGUCCCAAAUGGCUUGAAACUUGUCCAAAAUGAGAGAAACUUGUGUGAGUGUGAUUGGAUGAUGAAGCAUCAGGAUGCCAUGGAGAGAAAAACCAGCCAAUCAGAGCCAUGGCAGCUCGUCUUUCACUUCCUGGUUUCUGAUAUCAGAGUUGAAGGUGUGAAGCUGAAAUUCAGAUGGUUGGAGUUCAGCAGAGAAUUUGAUAGAAAGCUUAAAAUCACAUAAAUGUGAGAGAAGUUUGGUUGAAGGUGUUUUAUCAGAAUGUUUUCCUGAAUCACUUAAAGGCUCGUUCUGCUUUAUUUCUACCUGCUGUGUUUCACGAAAAGACAAAAGCUCCCUGGUUCUGACAUGAAUAAUUAAAAAAUGGUUUCAAUUUGAUGAUUAAUUGUCCAGAAUGACCGAAAAGUUGUUGAAAAAUUGUCUACUGGGAUGCAAAACUUCCAAGUCCAAAAUUAGCUAAAACCUGCUCAAAUUCACCAAAAAUGUGGAAAAUAAAAGAAAAUAUGUUAAAAUGUUUUCCAAAAUGACUGAAAACUUGCCAAAAACCCCAAAUUAAAAAGAAAUGUUCAAAAUGACAAAAAUCUUUCUGGAAUGACUCAAAAUUGGUCAAAAAUUAUUCAAAAAUACCUGCUUUUAUGUAGAUGAUGUGCUUCUGUUCCUCUCUUCCAAGUCCAAAAUUAGCUGAAACCUGCUCAAAUUCAUUCUUUCAUUCGGUGUGGAAAAUAUGUGAAAAUAUAUUCAAAAUGUUUUCCAAAAUGACUGAAAACUUGCCAUAAAAACUUCCCACCAAAUUGUCCAACAUGAUUUGAAACUUGUGUAUUUGUGAAAAUUGUCCAUAAUGGAACAAAGUUGGGCCAAUAAACUCAUUGGACAGAUAAAUGGAAACAGCAGCUGAAAUAAACCUGAACGAUCCUCUAAAGCUGAUUCAGUCGUUCGUUAAGAGUUUAUUAAACUGAAAUAAAUCCAGUUUAACAGUUCAGCAGCUACAAGAAUCUUUCAUUUACUAACUAUUGAUACCUCACAAAAAUUUUUAAAGGAAUGAAAAGAAGUUUUAGCUUUUAAAAGUGUGAAAACAAAAGGGUUUAAUUUGAUGUAACAGAUUAUUUCAAACAGUAGAAAGAUUAUAUUUGAUUUACAAAUGAAGAUGAUCAGAUUCUAAAAAAGUCUAAUUUAGCAAAACAGAUGUUUAACAAACUAAUAAAGUUGAUUUAUUCACAACUGUGGAGAUAAAAAAUAAAUCCAUUUCAAACUUUACAUUAUUAUACAAACAUAUAUUUAAUGUGCUUUAGUGGAUGAAAUGUAGUGAAGGUUUGUCGGUGAGUCAAAAGUGGAAAAAUGAAAAGUCCGUCUGUGAAGUUUUGUAUUAAACUGAAUUAACUGUACACAGCAGUGAAUGUUGGUGUUUGUUAGGAAGUAAAAAUACCAGAUUUACAGAGAAAACGGAUGAAAAACUAAACCUAAAAUGUUGACUUAGUCAGAAUAACUCACUGAAAUGUAAACUUACCUCUUGAUUUUGUUCUGAGCAUAUUUUAUUUGGUAAUUUUGACUUUAACUGUUUUCAUUUUUUAGUUAACCAAAAGAAUUCAAUUUUUUUAUAUAGCGCAGAUUCACAGCAUGUCAUCUCACAGUGCUUAGCAUAGUAAGGUACAGAGAAUGUCAAAUCUGUGCAAAAAAUACUCAAGUUGCCAAAAAUGGCUAAAGUUACGCUCAGAAAAUGACAAUAAAUUGUUCUGAAAUGGCUAAAAAAUUAACCAACAAAUGGUCCAAAAUCACAAAAAAUGAUCUAAAGUUCCCCAAAAGUUGUCUGCAGUGAAAAAAAAUACUUACAAUGACCCCAAAAUUGUCCUAUAUGACAAAAAUGUGGACCAAAGUGACUCAAAAAUAGUCAAAAAUUACAAAUAAAAUGGCAAAAAUGACUUUAAAAAUGGUUCAAGAUGACUUGAAAAGAAUCACAAAAAAUUUGCAACAAUAACUUAAAAAGUUAGUCAAAACUUGUCCAAAAUGACAAAAAAUCAUCCAAAGUGACUCAGAGAUUGUCUGCAGUGAUAAAAAAAAAUUUCAAAAAUGACUUUAAAACGUGUCAGGUUUUUUUUUUUUUUCAAAAGAUGCUCCACAGUCACUCAAAAAUCGUCUAAAAUUACAAAAAAAAUGUUAAAGAACUCAAAAUUUGUAAAUGAUAAAGACUGGCCGAAAUUACUAAAAUAUUUUGGAAUUUAUCAUGUUGAGUGUUACAGAAUUUUAUAUAAUUAUUUUUUUGUCUCUACAUAUUACCCCAGUAAUGCAAAAAAAGUUUGUUUUUACCGACCGAUGUCUAAUAAUUGAAUCAUUCUGACUCACUGUGCUGACUUUUUUGGUUCUUGUCAUGUCUGAAUUUUCUUCGGUUUAGUUUUUCCUGUUUCCACAUGAAUCUAAUCUGAAUGUUUGUUGUCUGAAGGCUUAAAAUCUGGUGUUUAAACUUGAGAACUCGAAGGUGUUUUAAACAGAACUUGGAACAUCUCAAACGCUGAACUCGUAGCUGUUUUUUAAAUUUCACUGCUGUUUUUACGUCGUCUGUUUUGGUGUUUGUCGUCUUUUUGUACGUGAAUCUACAAUAAUGUCAAACUGUCCUCUUUUUAUUCUGGUGCUAUCGAUAGAUGACAUAUAUAAAUCUAGAAAUCUACACAUUUGAUAAUGUUUUUAUGGAAUGACUUUGACAGAUUGUCCGUGACUGGUGGAAACGUUUUUGUAUCUGAACAAAAUGUGAGGACUCGAUGACUUUCCUCGUCGGUUUGUGGUGUUGUCGUGUUUUAUUGGUUUUCUGUGAGGUUUUAAACGGCAGCAUUUUCUUCCAAACUCUGAAAUAAUCUCUAAAGUUUGAAACCGAGAUGUCGCUGGUUGAUUUUUAUUAAAUCGUCUCAAGACAAAAUGGAAACUUUGACUGGGUCUGUCGCUUAAAUCACUUAAAGGCUCGUUCUGCUUUAUUUCUACCUGCUGUGUUUCACCAAAAGACAAAAGCUCCCUGAUUCUUUCAUGAAUCAUUAAAAAAUAGUCAGAGGUGCUUUCAGUUUGAUUAUUGAUCGCCCAAGAUGACAAAAAAUCGUCCAAAAUUCCUGAAAAUUUGUUGAAAAAUUGUCCACUGUGAUGAAAAACUUCCAAAUCUAAAAUUAGCUGAAACCUGCUCAAAUUCACCAAAAAUAUGGAAAAUAUGUUAAAAAUGUUUUCCAAAAUGAUUGAAAACUUGCCCAAAAUCCCCCUAAAUUGUCCACCGUGAUUUGAAACUUGUCCUUAAUGGAACAAAGUUGGUCCAAUAAAUGAUAAAUAUUUAAAUCAAUAGGAACUUAUUGGACAGAUAAAUGGAGACAGCAGCUGAAAUAAACCUGAAUGAUCCUUUAUACCGGACUCGGUCGCUCAUUAAGAGUUUAUUAAACUCAACCUAAAUGAAAAGUUUGACUAGGUCUGAAGUUUUGUAGACAAAAAAAGUCAAAAAUCAUAUACUGAAAUUAUCUUGGAAAGCAAGAUAAAUUGUUUUGACUGGAUCCAAAAAUUGAGACUUAAUUUAAGCGGGAAACAUGAGCUUGUUGUUUUUGAUCUGGUGGAAGAUCUUGUAACCAAAUCUAAACUACAAACAAAGUCAGAUCAGGUGUAAAAAAUCCAAGCUUGGAUCAAAUGGAGAUGGUUUCAGUCAAGAUUAUGGAUUUAUUUUCUUUAGAUUCAAGGUCGCGGAAAUGGGAUGAAGUCUAGAACUCUAGAGAUAAUCAAUGCAGAUUUGGUUCCCCAAUCAAGACUUGGACCAAAGAUGCAUCAGGUCUAAAAUGUUGUGGAGGGAAAAGAUUAUGAGUUUGAAUCAGAUUAAAAGUUUGGAGGUAAAUUAAGUUGGGAUUUUGGUGAAUUUUCUUAGAUUUGAGGUUCAGAUACUACAACUUUGGAGAUGAUGCAAUCAGUUUCAAGGUUCUGUAUCGAUAGAAACUAUCUCUCUUUGGUCUUGAGUUGGAUCUUUUUACUCGGAACGUAAACAAGCUCCAGAAAAGAUCAUUUUUCUUUUCUAAACGAUAUCAGAAAAAGUUUCUUGAGGAAACAGCGGCUGUUCUCGGCUUCUUCUGGCUGCGUUUAUUCACCGUUUACUUCUCUGAGCUACAGAACUCAUUUCAAAUUCAGCCAGUUAGCUUCAGUCGGAGAAUUUAAAUCUUGGUAAUUUAAAAAAACUAACUGAAAGGAGAAUUUUCAUCAAUAUUUUUUUUAAUGUGCCAACGAAGAAAAACCUGUAAUAUUGAAUGUUUUUGUCCCGCACUGAGUAACGAAAACCUGCCGACACUGUUCAUGUCCGUGUUGUUCACAUGACGUUUACUGAGCUCUGAUCAAAUGUUUCAAAGGUCUGUUUAUGUAUAGAUAAAGAUCUACAUACUGGAAACGUCUGACAAAAGAAAUGUAGUUCUGAUGUUUCAUGAAGCUUUUUUUAAAACAUUGUGCAAUUUUUGGCAGCAUGAUUGUGAAGAAAUGAUUACAUUUAAGUGUAAAAUAAAUGACUCACUUUACAUUUUUAUGCAAUAAAAUGGUAUAAAAGAAA